AUGCCAGGACGUUGGAGGUGGCCGCGAGACAUGCCGCCGGCCCGGAAGCUCCUCAGCCUCCUGCUCCUCAUCCUGAUGGGCACCGAACUCACUCAAGUACGUGCAUCCAACGCCAUUUUCCUCCCUGCGAGUGGCGCCGGGCCGGCCCUCGGGAGCCAAGUCAGGGAGCGGCUCCGUGCGCGCGCGCGCCCCCGCGCCCCCUGCCCCGAGGCAGGACCUGGGGGACCGAGGGGGGUGAUGGAGAGCGCGAUGGCCAAGCCCCUUGCAAUUUCACAGAUAGACCAACCGACCCAACUCCCUUCAUCCCACGGCCCUUCCAUGGCCAACCCCCACUGGGCACAGCUGCCCUGGCGGCUCUUUGAAGCUGUUGACCAGGUGGGGGAUUGUGGAGACCCGGCAGGGGUGCAUGGGCGCAUGAGACUGUGGCCUUUGGAGUUGCAGAUCCAGGAGGAGAAAGGGCAGCCAGCACUUGGGGCCCCAGCUGCCCCUGACCCUCCCUCCCUCCUUCCCUCCCUCCUCCCUGCUUACCUCCCUCUCCGGAUAAAAGAGGAAACAAAGGAGAGAAGAAGAGGGGGUAAGGGAGCAAGAGGGAGAUCAAAGAAGAGAAAACUCUGGGGCAGGCUUCCCUUGUUUUGUCCUGAAGCCCUUGCUGGCUCCCUGGCUCAGCCCCAGGAGCACAGCCCAAGCCCCGGUGUCUGGGAGGGGCUUUGUUGACCCUCAGAACCUCCUUCCGUGGCACUGCCCAGACAACUGGCCAGCCCCCUAGAGUGGUUCUGCAAGGUCUGGGGUGGGGAGUGGUCCUCUUGGCCACAGGGGAAGACUGGCUGAGGGUAGGGGCUGGGGUCCUGUGGAUGGACAGACAAACAUGCACAUACAGACACACAUACCCCCUGGGGAUGAGUGUGCAUGUGCAGGAAAGGGCUGGGCAGGUCCUGAUAGCGACAGCUGCUCUGCCAAGUGCUCUGCGUGGGUCUUAUGUAGGCAUCUCAGCCGG